AUGGCAGAGAUUCGAAUCGGAGAAUACCUGUUCCGCCGCCUCAAGCAGAUGGGCAUUGAGACAGCCUUUGGCGUCCCAGGAGAUUAUGAACUCGCACUUCUCAAUUACGUAGAGCCUGCUGGCUUGAAUUGGAUCGGCACGCCCAAUGAACUGGUUGGAGCCUAUGCUGCUGAUGGAUACGCCCGCCUUAGGGGCGCCGCUGCCCUAGUCACAACUUUUGGGCCUGGAGAGCUGAGCGCUCUUUGUGGGCUUGGAGGUUCUUUUUGUGAAAUGGUUCCCGUUCUCCAUAUUGUCGGAUACCCGUCGUUUGCGGCUCAAGCAAGCGGUCAAAUCUUGCACCAUACCCUCGGUGAUAAAAGCUAUGAUCACUAUGUUCGAAUGUCAUCAGAGCUUUCAUGCGCAACUGCUGUUUUGAAGGAUCCAAGUAACGCUAUUGAUGAAAUUGAUCGAGUCUUGAAUGCUAUGAUGUAUCACUCUCAACCUGGCUACAUUGGCAUCACUGAAGACGUUGUCAAGACAUUGGUUCCCGCCUCCUCUCUAGAUGCAACGAUGAUCCACAUGGCGUUAUCUUCUGGAACAGAAGAUGAUCGCGCUUUGACGGCUAUCAUGGCUGCAUUGGAGGUGUCUAAGAACCCCAUAGUGAUAGUCGACGGUGGUGCAGGUCGGAGUAGCUGGGCCCCUCAUGCUAUCGAGCUAGUUAAGUCUCUUAAAUCCCUACAUUUCAACACCGUCAUGGGGAAGGGCAUUGUUGGAGAAGACGACCCGCUAUUUGCUGGCUGCUACGCCGGUGUUGGUUCGCCGCCGUCUACUAGCAAGGCUGUUGAGCAAUCAGACUGCAUUCUCUGGCUUGGCCACAUGCCAUCGGAUUUUAACACCGGAAUGUUUACGGAAGACGUCAAGUCUUCCUUGGUUAUUGACUUCCAACGAUUCCACAUCACGGUCGGACAAAAGCAAUUCCAAGCCAGAAUGAACACUGUUCUCCCCAGACUUUCUCGAUCCAUCAAAUCGAGCAGUAUCCUGUCUCAGAGAACGCCACCAACGCCUGUGGAGUAUUUUCCCGAAAGCCCAUCGGAAGUGCCGUCAUCAAUAAUUUCUCAAGCAUGGCUUUGGCCGCGCCUGUCCUCGUUUGUUAAGCCUGGAGACAUGAUCGUCGCUGAGACUGGAACAUCUCAAAUUGGUGCACUUGCUACCAAGACUCCACAAGGCGUUUACUACUGGACACAGGCAGUUUGGGGCAGCAUUGGCUAUGCCAUCGGCGCAGCUGUCGGUGCCGCGAUUGCAGGCAAGGAAUUGGGUCAAUAUCGCAGGAUGAUCGUUUUUACCGGUGAAGGAAGCCUGCAGCUGACAGUGCAGGCUAUGUCCAUCCUAAACCGCCAUGGCAUGGUUCCUUAUGUGUUUAUUCUGAACAACAAUGGGUAUACCGUUGAGCGUUACUUUGAAGGAUGGGAUGCUGCGUACAAUGAUGUGCCUGAGUGGGACUAUAGUGGUCUAUUCAGAUCUUUCGCGCCAAAUCUAACUACAAAUACAGUCAAAGCACGAAGCGCAUCAGAACUUGACAAAUUGCUUUCGGAAGAGUCAUUCCAGAAUACUACAAUUCCACAGUGCAUCGACAUAACCCUAGACAAGUACGACGCUCCGGCGGGACUAAGAGCUAUAUUUGACUUCAAGAAGAAGAUGGCUGGCGCGUAA